AUGAAAUCGGCAGUAGUUGUUUUAGCGAUUUGUGUGAUUGGUAACGUCAGCGCAUGGGGAGCACUAUUCAACCGCUUCUCUCCAGAAAUGCUUGCUAAUAUGGGAUAUGGUGGCCAUGGAGGAGGAGGAGGAUAUUCAAGAUCGGAAGGAGAUGAUGGUAUACUAGAAGAAUACGUCAGUGAAAACAAUGAUGACGAACCAUGCUAUGGAAAGAGGUGCACGGCUAAUGAACAUUGCUGUCCCGGCUCUGUUUGUGUCGAUGUAGAUGGUGUGAUCGGCCAAUGCCUGUUCGCGUACGGUCGGCGCGUGGGCGAGCUGUGCCGGCGCGACAGCGACUGUGAGUCGGGGCUGGUAUGCGCCGCUCCACCAGGACAAGCAGUACUCGGAGCCGUGCGCGAUGUCGGGCGAGUGCGACGUCUCAAGGGGGCUGUGCUGCCAGCUGCAGAGGCGCCACCGGCAGGCGCCGAGGAAGGUCUGCUCAUAUUUCAAGGAUCCAAUGGUGUGUAUAGGUCCAGUAGCCUCCGAUCAAAUCAAGAACUCCAUUCAACACACAGCUGGUGAGAAAAGAUUGACUGGCAUAUCGUCAUUCAAGAGACCUAUGCAUUAA